AUAAGAAGCACUUGACAUAGGCAGAAGAUAGGCGCACGCGCUAUAGGAGUGAAAGGAAAGCGAGCAAACAAGCGAGGAAGCAAACAAACAAGUAAACAAGCAAGAAAGAGAAAGAACUAAUGUAAUAAAUAAAGAAAGAAAGAGAGAGGAAUUGUGGAAUAUAAUAAAGAAGGGAACAUAAAUCAGAUAGCGAGAAUUUUCGAUGGCCCGUAUUUAGGCGGCCUCACGGAGUGUAUUAUCGUUAACGAGUCGUGUUUAACUACAAGGUUAAACAAGCAUAAUAAUCAAGAUUAUUGGAUGCAAACUGGUGGAUAUCUAUUUUCGAGGAUCCAAUAAGAAUGGCUGCCGUAUUGAGAAGAUUCAGAACCGUGCAGGUCACGGUUAUCGACAAACCAAAAACAUCACUGUUUAUUAACGUCCGGUCUCUGGCAAGGUCAUUGGUAAGACAGCAGGAUAGUAAAAGAUGGAUAAGCAAACUUUUGGUAAGAAAGAUCGAACCAACCAAGGAAUCCCAUUCGCGAAUGCUUUCAGACAAGGAUGUGAUUUAUGCUUUACAUACGCAUAAUAUCCGUCCUGAUUCCAUCGAUAAAUAUUUAACUAACUAUGAAGAAAAUGUUAACUUUAUACAUUCAAAAAAAAGUGAUCUUAAAUGCGAAUUGGUCGGAUCUUGGACGGUUGCUGUCGGUGACUUGGAUCAAGCUCUGCAUCUAUGGCAAUAUACUGGUGGAUAUGAACAAAUUGAUUAUGCACAACUUUUACUUUCCAAAGACGAGAGUUAUCAACGCUUACUCAAGGAACGUGGUAAUUAUUUGAGAUCUCGUCACUUACAAUACUUGUUGGCAUUUAGUUAUUGGCCACCAUUGGAAAAACGUAAAGGCCCAAACAUAUAUGAAGUACGAAGUUACAGUUUGAAACCUGGUACAAUGAUCGAAUGGGGUAACAAUUGGGCUAAGGCUAUUAAUUUUCGACGUAACAACGAUGAACCCUUCGCUGGAUAUUUUUCACAAAUUGGCAGGCUGUACAAUGUUCAUCACAUUUGGUGCUAUAAAGAUCUUCAAUCACGAAAAGAUACUCGUGAAAGUGCAUGGAGAUCACCUGGUUGGGAUCAAUGCGUUGCAUACACUGUACCACUUAUCAGAGAAAUGCAUUGUCGCAUAUUAAGCCCAACUACUUUUUCACCAACACAAUAAACUAUCAUUCUUGCAAAUACCAAUGCAUUUGUAUAAUAAUAUCACUUAUUAAUUACUUAUCUAUAAUCAAUGUAAUAAUCUAAAAAAACAAAAAGAAACAAAAAAAACACAAACAUUUGUUAUAAUGUACAUCAUAAAUGUUAAAAUCUAUACGCGCAAUAUCGUUGAAGAAUGCUGCUACAAUGUUUUGUUGUAUUAUAACUGGCAGAAUGUAUUUUACUACUAAUUCAAAUUCUAUAAUUAUAUCAUUAUAAGUAUAUAAAUGCAUGUUAUAUUAUAUAUUUUAUCAGUUAUCAAUUGAAGCGCAACACUUAUAUGUAUAGACGAAUAUACAAUAAUUACUCUUAUUA